GAUUUUGAAUGUACCUUGGCCAAACAGCUGUUCAAAAUUGCACAAGCACAAAGAAAAGCAAAAGUGAAGAGUAAAAAUAACGAUAUAAGCUGAAAUGCAUUUGCAACGUUUUCAAUUUAUGAUGCGCAGCAUGUUGAGGGUGCAACAGGUUGCAGCAAUGGCCCCACAUCAGCAACAACUCCGCAAUUUAUCGCUUUAUUGGCACUUGGCACAGUCACAAAGGGCGGCUGGAGCUCCAGGAAACAAAUCAGGUGGUGACCAGAAGCCAAAGAAUCCGCCACAGAAGAUUACCCUUGUUCAGCAAAACCAGGCACUUAGCAUAACCACCUUGGAGGAAGCGCAGAAGUUGGCCAAGCGGCGAGAGCUGCACCUGCUGCGUUUGGAGCAAACGGACACCAAAACAGGGCGCGCCAUGUUUAAACUAGUCACCUCUGCUGAAAUGCUAGCCGAUGAUGUGGGAACAACGACAACCGCUACCGACAAAAUCCACAAAAAGUCUGAGAAAUCACUGACCAUAGGUGCCCGCAUCACUGAGCAUGAUCUUUCAUCGCGUCUCAAGAAUAUUGUCAAAUGGCUGGGCAAGCGGCACGAAGUCCGCAUACUCAUCCAGGGCAGCGCUAGCGGAUCCGACGAAAGCAGCGCUGAGCGCAUUGUCAAGGCAAUUGAACAAACCAUUGCAGAGCCGCAGGUCAUUGGCAAAAUAGUCCAAAAACGCAGCAAAGGUUCCUACAUCAAGUUUAGCAUUAUGCCUGUGACUCAACCAGCCGCUUCCACGCCCAGCCCCGCCCAGUCGUGACAACUAACGCCAUUGCCUCGGAUAAAUCCCAGUCAUUUCACAGCAAUGGCGCUGCCUCUGUCUCUCGUCAUUAGACGGAGUGCCCAUAACUACUCCACCAUGCAAAAUAAUGGCGGACGACGACCCUCUGAUCCAACCAUACCUGGGAUAGUGGCGGCUGCAUCGUUUGUUUUUAUAAUCACCAUGAAAUAUGUCUUCUGGAUGCACGCUCUAAAAAAGAAGGAUAGCUGAGUACUUUUUUGUCGCUUUAAAAGUUUAGUCUGAUUGAUGCCCAGCAUUUUCGCUAAUAUAAUUUGUAUUUGUACUGAAAACUCUUUAAAUAAAGUGCGAGAGAACACCAAGAUCAAGAAAUUUAAACUAUUACCUAUUCGCUUAGUUUUUUGUCUUUUUAUUUCUCAUAUAUGUAUUUCGAUUUAUUUGUAUUUGUUUUAUAUAGGUGCCAUUAAUUUAAUUGGUAUUUUCGUUUAUAUAUUUUGUAUAUGUGUAAUUAUUUGUAUAGAUUCUAAGCACACAUAAGUUAAUGAAAUAUUACAUAAUUCUCUUUCUUUAUAAUAUAAAGUCGCUGGUUUAAAUGAAAUAUAUUAAGCAAAGCUUACAAUUGAACUAAAGCUUACUAUUGUUACACGAGCAAGUAAAGCUUUUAUUUGGUUUCAACUAAA